AUGUCUGGCCGUGGUAAAGGAGGAAAAGGUCUUGGAAAAGGUGGUGCAAAACGCCAUCGUAAAGUCCUUCGUGAUAACAUCCAAGGAAUCACAAAACCAGCUAUUCGUCGUCUUGCUCGCAGAGGAGGUGUAAAACGUAUUUCUGGACUCAUCUAUGAAGAAACUCGUACAGUUCUUAAGUCAUUCUUGGAAAAUGUCAUUCGUGAUGCUGUCACCUACUGCGAGCAUGCCAAGAGAAAAACUGUCACUGCUAUGGAUGUUGUUUAUGCUCUUAAAAGACAAGGUAGAACCCUUUAUGGUUUCGGUGGAUAA